UCCGGGACCAUCAGUGCAACCUGGAGACUACCAGAACAGUGGGUGUGUAAACCCAGUAAAACAACAACUGUUAUCCCGAGUGAGGUAUCUGCCCAGCUGUAAUUGUGUAAAAGUUGUGCCUUGUGGAAAGCAGAAUUGGCUGUGACCACUCAGAAUGACACGCUUACUAGCCCUGGUGCUGUUCGCAGGGAGCUGCUUUGCUCAGGAUCUCCCAUCCUUACCUCAUGGAUGUACAGAGGGAAGCUGUUACCCAGCAACCGGUAACCUCCUGAUUGGAAGAGCUCACAACCUGACCGCCUCAUCUACCUGCGGGAUGGAGGGGCCGAGUGACUACUGCAUUGUCAGCCACCUCCAGGAGGUGGAGAAAUGUUUCCAGUGUGAUUCUAGAAGGUCAUACGACGCUGUGACAAACAGGAAUAGUCACCGGAUAAGGAAUGUGAUCUCUCUGACUGAUCAGAGGGAGGAGAAGACCUGGUGGCAAUCUGAAAAUGGGGAAGAAAAGGUCAAUAUCCAGCUAGACCUAGAAGCUGAAUUCCACUUCACGCACCUCAUCAUGAAAUUCAAGACAUUUCGCCCAGCUGCCAUGUACAUUGAGAGAUCUUCAGACUUUGGCCGGACAUGGAAAGUGUAUCGUUACUUUGCUUUCAACUGUACAGUUUCCUUCCCUCAUAUCCCCACGGGCAUCCUAAGGAGGAUCGAUGAUGUUAUUUGUGAGCAUCGUUAUUCAGAUAUCGAACCAUCCACAGACGGUGAGGUUAUUUACAAAGUGCUCGAUCCUGCCAUCAAAGUGGCUGAUCCCUACAGCCUGGAGAUUCAAGGUGAGAGAAUGGAGUUUCAAUGUUUCCAGCCAGAUUUCCUUUUACAAAAGUGUAACUGCAACAAGCAUGCGACCAGCUGCCACUUUGACAUGGCUGUGUACAUCGCAACAGGAAACCUGAGUGGGGGUGUGUGUGAAAACUGUCAACACAACACGAUGGGCAGGAACUGUGAGCUGUGCAAGCCCUUUUAUUACCGAAAUCCUACAGCAGACAUCCGCUCUGAGGACGCCUGUAUCCCAUGUGACUGUGAUCCUGUCGGUUCCCUGGAGGGUGGGAUCUGUGACAGUGACACGGACCUGGACUUUGCCAUCAUUGGGGGUCAGUGUCGCUGCAAGGAGAAUGUGAGAGGUACUCGAUGUGACCGCUGCAAGGAGGGAUUCUAUGGCCUGAGCAUGGACAAUCCACACGGCUGUCAGGCGUGUAGGUGUGAUCCUCGGGGUGUUAUCAUGAGUACGGCUCCAUGUGAUGCGAUCAGUGGAGAUUGUUUCUGCAAACGCUACGUGACAGGACGUUACUGUGAUCUCUGUCUGCCAGAAUAUUGGGGACUCAGUAACGACAUGGCGGGUUGCCGACAGUGUGACUGUGACUUUGGAGGCGCCUACAAUAACAGAUGUUCGAUGGCGAGCGGGCAGUGUGACUGUCGACCCAAUAUUAUUAGCAGGCGCUGCCAGGACGUUGAGCCAGGAUUCUUCUGUAUGCCUCUGGAUUUCUACACCUACGAAGCAGAGAAAGCCGAACCACGGGCACCAACGGACCAGCUGCCGGGGGCAAUCAAGCAUCAGGUCAACGGCAACUGCAUAGAUUUCACCCUCCAGCAUGGGCUCAACAUCCAGGAGAUUGUCAGGCGGAGGAGGCAACAUCGCCAGGCGUCCCGUGUCUGGGCCUCGAGACAUCGCCACCGAAGGAUCCGUCAACGGAAGGUGUAUGUGGAAAUUGUUAACCGGAAACGGCCGCACGACCAGAUGAUCACCUGGAGUGGUCCGGGUUUCGCACGGGUCCGGGACGGAGCAGGGUUGCUGUUUCAUGUCAGUAACAUCCCGUACGCCAUGGAUUACAAUGUGAUGGUGCGCUACGAGCCUGAGUCAGCAGAAGAUUGGGAGUCAAUAAUCAGUAUUCACACUGUGGGUUUACCCAUCAGUCAUCGCUGUGGCAAUCUCCUACCUCAUGGUCAACCUUACAGAGUGGCAUUACGCCAUACAGAAAGGUAUGUUAUGGUUUCAACUCCCUUUUGCUUUGAGCCUAACAUCCGUUAUGAGAUCAGCAUCAGGUACCAGCGGCUCCAAGCUCCCCAGUGGAACACAAACAGUUACCUCUUGGUGGAUUCUUUGGUUCUAUUGCCCAAGUAUUCCGAGCUGCCAGGCUUCGCUGGCAUGGAUCCGGUUGCAGUACAUCACCGUGAGGAAAUGGUUCGGUACAUGUGCCUGGACUCCUUUAUGAUGGCCAGCAUGCCAAUGUUGGCCGAGAUGUGUGUCAGGCUGAUUUGCAGCAUCUCUGCUAUCAUGCACGAUGGCGCUCUGCCUUGUCAGUGUGAUCCACAGGGAUCCAUCAGUUCUGUCUGUGAGAAGAUGGGAGGACAGUGUGAAUGCAGGAACAACGUGAUAGGUCGACAAUGUGACCAGUGUGCUCCCGGCUACUAUGGCUUUGGACCCUAUGGCUGUUCUCCAUGUGACUGCAACCCUGAAGGCUCAGUGCACAGCAUGUGUGACCAAAUGACUGGUCAGUGUCACUGCCGGGCAGGGGCAAGGGGUCGCCAGUGUGACCAGUGUUACCCACAACUCUGGGGCUUUCCAACCUGCCAACCCUGCCACUGCAAUGGGCACUCAGAGGACUGUGACUCCCAAACUGGGGCAUGCCUGAACUGUCGGGAUAACACAUCUGGACAUCAUUGCCAAAGAUGUUCUGAGGGUUACUACGGAAACCCGGUGCUGGGCUUUGGAGAGCAGUGCAGACCCUGCCCGUGUCCCCAUUACCCAGGGAGUGACCAUUACCAUGGACUGUCCUGUCACGCAGACCUUGUUUCUGAUCAGAUUGUGUGUUACUGUAAAACAGGAUACACAGGGUCUCGCUGUGAUGUGUGUGCGCCUGGUUACUAUGGUAACCCUGAGGUACCAGGAGGGAAAUGCUGGCCGUGUCAGUGUAACAAUAACAUCGACCUGACUGAUCCUGGGGCGUGCCACCCGGACACAGGGGAGUGCUUGAAGUGUCUCUAUAACACUGACGGCCCUCACUGUGAGGCCUGUAAGGCGGGUUACUAUGGCAAUGCCCUCCAGCAUGACUGCAGGGGGUGUACCUGCAACUUUCAGGGCACACUGGAGUCUGAGUGUAAUUCCAGGGAGUACUGCCACUGUGAUCGCACAACUGGACAUUGUCCUUGCAGGGAGAAUGUCAUUGGAAAGAACUGUGACCAGUGCAGACAGAAUUACUGGAACUUUGGCAGUUUGCAAGGAUGUGAGCCGUGUAGGUGCCAACCCGAACACUCUCAAAAUCCACACUGCAACAUGUUCACAGGCCAGUGUGAGUGCCGCCCAGGACUGGGAGGUCAGACCUGCUCAGAGUGUCAGGAAGGAUACUGGGGCAAUCCUGCUCUGGACUGUCAGGCAUGUGACUGUGAUCCGGAAGGGUCCGAGAUACAACAAUGUGAUCGGUCUACUGGCCGCUGCCUCUGUAAGGAAGGCUACGCCGGCCCUCGGUGUGACCAGUGUAACCGAGGUUACCAUGGACGCUCCCCCAGCUGUACUCGAUGUCAUUCCUGCUUCGAUUUGUGGGACGAGAAGGUGAAACAGUUAGGGGAGAGGCUGCGAGCUCUCAAGGAGGCAGUGCAUCGUCUCACCAUGUCUGGGGCAACUGGAGCAGGGAAUGACAGUCUUCAGGAGCUGGAGAGGAAGCUACAGGAUGUAGAGGCGCUGCUCCACGAGGAACCUCUCACCAGUCCCAGAACUCUGGAACAGCUGAACCAGCUGGCUGAGAGUCUCAGGCUGAAUGUUGCUUGUUUCCCAGAGGAAGGCGCAGACCCAGAAAGCAUUGAGCUGUUGGCCAACAUGGUCCUGAACAUCUCGUUCCCUGUCAGCUUGCUGGACAUUCGCAGGAUCCUGCAGGACAUUAAAGACACCAUGGCAAACAUCAAGAACGUCGACACAAUCCUCAACGACACAUCGCGAAAUCUACAGCUCGCUCAGCAACUGCUGCAACGGGCUGAGAAAGUGAAGAAUCGAGCUGCAGAGGUAAAUGGUGAUGUGACUGAGGUAAAACUCAGUGUGGAAGAUGCAAACUCCAAGCUGGUGUUAGCUGAGGAAUCACUGCAAAAGGCCAGGAAUAACACUUCUGAUGCUGAGGAUUCCAUCAGGAAGCUGGACACUUUUCUUAACUUGAUUGAGAGUCAACUAAUGAAAAUGAUGGAGCGAUUUGAAAACCUGUCCAUUGGAGUCCAGAUGUUGGAAAAUCAAACCAUUGCCAACAGGAACAAGGCACAAGACUUGCAAAGUGACGUUUCUGCUAUUCGAAAGAGAACAGACCGACUGCACAAUAAUGACCUGAAGGAGGUGGAGAGACGUUAUGAGGAGCUGAGAGACAAGAUCAGCUUGCUGGGUAACAGUACUGAAGAUGGGAAUGAAAGAGCGAAGAAAAUCAAAGAGGAGGCAGAGAAACUGAGAAACCGGGCGACAGACAGCCUGGAAAAGCUGAAUGCUUUGGAGAAGAAAUUUAACAGAAAUAAGCAAGUGAUGACAGCCAAGUUAGACAUGUUGCAGGAUUUGGAACAGAAUGUCACAGAUCUGCUGGAAUACAUCCGGGAGAGGUCGCAGUAUUACGGCUUUUGCUCAUAACGGAGGCUGGGGCCGUCAGUAGAUUCUCCUGUUUCUGUCUCUGAUUCAGCUCCUGUUCCUGAAUUUCUAUUUGGCAGCUGCUAUGACAGCUGAUAGUGGUGCCUCCCCUCUGGGGUAUGAC